AUGGCUCGGCCGUAUAGCAGCAACAAGAGCAGCUUCUCCUACCCCCCGAGGUACUACCCGGAUCACUCAACAUCCUUAUUAGAGGACUUCCGCGCCCUCGUCGUCCGGGUCUUUCAUGCGCUGGCCCGGUUUUGGCGCGAGCGUGGCCGCCGCAUAGCUUAUGGGACAUUUCUAUCGUCGGUCUACCGUUUGCGCCUGAACCUGGCCUACGAUCGCCUGGUCUCCUUUCCGCACCUACUCGUAGCUCUAUGGGUAGUGGUGCUACUAUGGGGGGAGCGAUGGGCGUUCCACUCCAAGGUUGAGAGCUGCCACUGGAGCAACUGGGAGCACUGGCCCGAGGGCGCAGAACCCCACCGCGUCGCGCUCGUCGCCGAUCCCCAGCUCAUCGACCCUCACUCGUAUCCAGGCCGCCCGUGGCCGCUGAAUCCGUUAACGAUGCUCGUCACCGACAACUACCUACGGCGGUCUUAUAACCAGCUGCAGUCGCAGCUCGACCCUGACAGCGUGUUCUUUCUCGGCGACCUGUUUGACGGUGGAAGGGAGUGGAAGACGGCCCAUGGGGAGUUCAAGGAUCCAGAAUGGGGCCCGCAUCCUAAGGGGGAGCAGAAGUAUCUGAAAAAGUGGCACAAGACAUACGGCGAGUUCUACUGGCUGCAGGAGUACGCCAGGUUUGGCGACAUCUUUUUCGAUCCCUGGGUGAAAUCGGGGCGGGGGAAGGGUGCUGAACAGAAAAGGAGAAAGAUGGUCGCAAGUCUGCCCGGGAACCACGACCUUGGCUUUGGCGACCAGAUCAAGCUUCCCGUGAGGAACAGAUCUGAAGAACCGGUUCAGAACUUCCUAGGCGGCCUCAAAAAAGAAAAGCAGAAGGCAGUUAGCAGAGAGCUGCGUUUGCUCCGGGGAGAAGUCACGGAAAGCCAAUUCAAGCACGGCAUCGAGGAGCUCGACAAAGUCAAAUCCGACGACAAGCCGACCGCCGACAUCAGCGCGCCAGAAUUGCCGACCAUCCUCCUCACCCACGUACCCCUCCACCGCCCGCCCGGCACACCCUGUGGGCCGCUACGCGAGAAAUAUCCCCCAGCGAAACGGCCCAACGGCCAAACCACACCCGUCGUUCCCGACCACCGCAACGCCAUCUCCGUCUCGGCAGGCUACCAGUACCAAAACGUUCUUAACGAGAAGGACUCGGAGAACCUCAUCGAAAAAAUCGGCAAUGUCGUCCACGCCUUCUCGGGCGACGACCACGACUACUGUUUCGUCACGCACUCGGACGCGCAGGCCAACGUGCCCGAGAUCACGGUCAAGAGCAUCAGCAUGGCCAUGGGCGUCUCCAGACCGGGCUUCCUCCUGGUCAGCCUCUACAACCCGCUCGACCUCGCCACAGGCAAACCCCUCACCAGCCUACCCUCCCAACCCACCCUCCAAACCCACCUCUGCCUCCUCCCCAGCCAGCUCUCCACCUACCUCCGCUACGUGACCCUCGCCCUGGUCUGCAUCGCCAUCCUGGCCGUGCGCGCCGUGCUCGUCCCCCUCCUGGGGCUGCGGCCCUUCGCCCUCGACCCUGCUGCCGCUUCAGGGGGUAGGACGGCGGUGGCGGUCGGCGGCCGGCGCGGCCGCAGCGCCCUGCUGCCCGUCUUCAAGGCCAAGGUUGAGGAUUAUGAUGAGUAUGCGCUGCCGCGGGCGUUCUCGGCGUCGCAUUUUUUGAAUGGGAACGGGAACGUCAAUGCGGCGCACGAUCGCUCGGGCAGUGGCUCCGUGCCUGGAUCGGGCUCUGGGUCGGGGAUGGGCCAUGGGAGGCGCAAGAGCCAUGGGAAGGGCUCGUCGUCGGCGGCGGCGGCGGCGGGGGGGAAGUGGGGGUGGGCGGGGGCGGGUAGUGGUAGUGGGGGAAGGGCUCGUGCCUCGCUGAGAAUAGAGAUCCCUAGUGAGGGCGAGGAGGAGGAUGGGUAUUGUUGUGUUGGCGUGCGCUAUAAUGGGGGGGAAGUGGAAAGCGAGGCUAAAGGGGGGAAGGGAGGGCCUGCAGUCGAGGUCUGUGGUUGGGGUGGUGUUGAGGGAGUUUUGGACGACGGUUUGGAGGGUUGUGUGGAUGGUGGUGGGGUUCUUUGGGUGGUUGGCUUGGAAGGGGUAGGAAAAGGCUAUAGAGAUGGAUGGGUGUAUGAUAUGGAGUACCUAGAGGAGGAAGUAUGA